AUGUCUCACGGCUUCAACGAGCUCGCCGGUCUCCGCGAGCAGAUUCUCGAACUCCUGAUGUACCCUACCGUCACCUACACCACCGAGGACAUAUUCGAGGCUCUCCUGAUCACCCACCCCGAUAAAGGCAAGAAGGUUUUGAUGAAAGAGUUCUGUCCUUGGAACACACCUCAGCCGGCUCUGCGCAAGAUGUUCGAGCAGACCUGCAAAAUUCUGGCAUCCACAUCCACUACCUCCACACACGUCCAUUCUCAAGCCGAACCAAUGGCUGAAGUCAGCAACCACACUAUCUCCGGUCUCCGUGCCCAGAUCAUUAAUAACGUCAACUUCCUCUAUCCUACAAGAUCACUCUUCAUUAUCACGCUACUAUCCUCAACUGGUGAUCAGUGGUCGGCAAAAGCUGUAGAUGGCGACAAUGUUAUUGCUGCUGUAGAUGUUACAUCGCCACCUUCUACACCAGUCCAGGACCCAGCGGUCCUCGCAGAGUCGUCAACAUAUACCACGGCCAUCCUCGUGGCAGACAAUGGGCUUCUUUCAGGUCUUCCAUUCCCCACCUUCUUGCCAUCAUCCGUCAAGACAUCCCCGUAUAUCAGUGCAGCCUCUGUCGCCGUCCUACAAGACAGGCCCAACGCACUGGCCGGUUUUGGCAGCUGCUUCAGGCUGCUAGAGUAA